GUGGGCUGAGUAAAAGAGGAAGCCACGUUGACACAAAAAGUGGUAUUUUAUGUUUUUUUUCUGGCGCCGUGAAGUAACGGAGAGGUCGUACAGUUACAUCAGCCAACUCGGUAAUCUGUACUGGAACAUCUAGGGAAAGGACAGAGAAGCCACAUCAUCUGACAGGAUGAGUGUUGGAUUCAUUGGAGCGGGCCAGCUGGCUCAUGCACUGGUGAAAGGUUUCACAGCUGCAGGUGUGAUUGCUACACACAGGAUUACAGCCAGCUCCCCAGACACAGACCUGCCGACAGUGUCCGGUCUGAGGAAAAUGGGGGUGAACCUGACUACUAGCAACAAAGAGACUGUCAGUAAGAGUGAUGUGCUCUUCCUGGCUGUGAAACCCCACAUCAUCCCCUUCGUUCUAGAUGAGAUUGGGCCAGACAUCGAGGACCGUCAUCUCAUAGUGUCCUGUGCUGCAGGUGUUACCAUCAGCUCCAUAGAGAAGAAGCUGCUUCAGUACCGUUCAGCGCCCAAAGUCAUGAGGUGUAUGACGAAUACUCCGGUGGUGGUGAGAGAGGGAGCUACAGUGUACGCCACUGGGACACAUGCAGAGGUGGAAGACGGCAAGUUACUUGAGCAGCUGAUGGCCAGUGUAGGUUUCUGCACUGAGGUGGAGGAGGACCUCAUUGAUGCUGUCACCGGGCUGAGUGGCAGUGGACCAGCCUACGCAUUCACGGCCCUGGAUGCUCUCGCAGAUGGAGGAGUGAAGAUGGGUCUGCCCAGGAGACUGGCUGUCAGACUUGGAGCUCAGGCCUUAUUGGGAGCAGCUAAGAUGUUGCUGGACUCAGAGCAGCACCCCGGCCAGCUGAAGGACAACGUGUGCUCACCAGGGGGCGCCACCAUCCAUGCCCUGCAUGUUCUGGAGAGCGGUGGCUUCCGCAGCCUCCUGAUCAACGCGGUGGAGGCUUCGUGCAUCAGGACACGGGAGCUGCAGUUCCUGGCAGACCAAGAGCGUAUUUCUCCUGCAGCCAUUAAGAAAACCACACUGGACAAGGUGCUCCAGCAGCCUGGAGUCACAGUCAGCGGAGUGGCUAAUGGGAACGGUAGAUCAGGGCUCAACCUGUUCAACAGUCGCGGCCCUGGCAUCAAGAAGAAGAACUGAGCACACAGCAGGAGGGACGUGCACACACACACACACACACACACAUACACACACACGUACACACCAGUUACAGGUUCAAGUGUACAAUGUGUACACAUGUGGACAUACAUACAUCUUAUACUCUUCUGCCAUACAAAAAAAAAAACCACAGACUCAGGACUGAUCUGAAAUGAAAUCCAAAUUACUUUGCCAAAUUAUUUAUUCAUACUUGAAUGACAUGCGGACAGCGGACCUGAUGGUGUCACCCUCCACUUCACACACAAGCACAGGUGUAUUCUGGGUGCAUUGCUCACAGUUAUAGCCUUAUGUUGUGAUGCAGGAUUACUGUCUACAAAUACACAAAUCCAGAUACACACUGAAGCGCAAAAGUGCAUUUACAAUCUGUUGUCUGUCUGUGUUUGGGCUCUAGACUAUUUAGGGCUAUUGAACGUUAAUGACCCAGUGGGCCAUCAUGGGAUCCUGGUACACACCAGGCAGCAGAUGGCUGUUGGGAUACCAUCAAGCUGUUAAUGUAUGUCUUUUAAUGUCUUCUAAAAAAAAACAAACAAAAAAAACAGUGUAAAUCAUCAUGUACCCUCCUUUUGUUUGUACAAAUAAUUAUCUUUGUAUGGCCAGGAGUAUUAUGCUGUUAGAGACUGAAAACAAAUUGAACAAAAUUUUAAUAACUUUAUUUUUGAUUGUGGUAUAUGAACACUAUGCUCUUCAUGGAUAAAAUAACUUGCCUCUGUGUUACAAUGGGGUUUCUAGCACAUUAACAACAUUGUGCCUUUGACCCUUUAACCCAUAACUUUUUUUUUUUCUCACACAUUAAGGUCAUUCCAAGCUUUAAGACACCACUGAGGUCAAACCUUUUCUCAGAUCCCUCUGUUUACUCUCUGUUAGUGUAUGUUGCAGUCAGUGUGUGGCACUGUGGGUCUUAAACCCUAAACCUUGACCUGUCAUCUCAAACCUACCGAUGUUUUACACCAUGAAAGCACUUUUUACUUUUUUUUUUUUUCUCAUAAGGGAAUGUGAUGUUGUUUCCUGAAAGUGCUACAAGAAAGCUUACUUCAUCCAAACAUCUUGCUGCAGACUGAGUCCAAAGCAUAAAAUCAGCUACCAAUCCGU